AUGGAGAAGCGGAUCAUAUCUGAUGCUUUGGAGUACAUUGUGUCUGAGCAUGGAGAGAAGGCUCCAAAUGUUGUUUAUAAAGGGAAACUGGAAAAUCAGAGGAGAAUUGCUGUUAAGCGCUUCAAUAGGAUGGCCUGGCCUGAUGCUCGGCAGAGGAAGCAAGAUUGGUUGGUCAGCUCCGCAACCAGAGAUUGGUCAAUUUGCUUGGUUGCUGUUGUGAAGAUGAUGAGAGGUUGCUUGUGGGCUGAAUACAUGCCCAAUGAAACACUUGCGAAACAUCUUUUUCAUUGGGAAACACAGCCUAUGAAAUGGGCAAUGCGAUUGAGGGUUGUUUUACAUCUCGCACAGGCUCUAGAGUACUGCACAAGCAAAGGGCGUGCCCUUUAUCAUGACCUUAAUGCUUACAGAAUUUUAUUUGAUGAGGAUGGAAAUCCUAGAAUAUCUACCUUUGGCCUCAUGAAAAAUAGUAGGGAUGGGAAGAGUUAUAGUACAAAUCUGGCAUUUACUCCUCCUGAAUAUCUUAGAACUGGGAGAGUAACACCAGAAAGUGUAAUAUAUAGCUUUGGGACUCUUUUGCUUGAUCUUCUCAGUGGAAAGCAUAUUCCCCCUAGCCAUGCCCUAGACCUGAUUCGGGACAGAAAUCUUCAGAUGCUGACAGAUUCUUGCUUGGAAGGACAGCUUUCUGAUGAUGCCACUGAGUUGGUACGGUUGGCUUCACGAUGUUUACAAUCUGAACCCCGAGAGCGACCAAAUCCAAAGUCAUUAGUUGCUUCUUUGACACCUCUUCAAAAGGAAACUGAGGUUCCCUCUUUUGUUUUGAUGGGUAUUCCAAACAGUACCUGCUGCUCUCCUCUUUCACCACUUGGCGAAGCCUGCUCAAGAAGGGAUUUGACUGCUAUACAUGAGGUCCUAGAGAAUAUCGGCUAUAAAGAUGAUGGAAUGACAAAUGAGCUCUCGUUUCAAAUGUGGACUGACCAAAUGCAGGAAACAUUAGAUUCAAAGAAAAAGGGGGAUUCUGCUUUUAAGCAGAAGGACUUUAGAACCACAAUUGAGUGUUAUUCACAGUUCAUUGAUGUUGGAACCAUGGUUUCUCCAACAAUUUUUGCCCGGCGUGGUUUGUCUUAUCUCAUGAAUGACAUGCCUCAGGAAGCUCUGAACGAUGCAAUGCAAGCUCAAGUAAUUUCCCCAAUAUGGCACAUUGCAUCUUAUCUUCAGGCUGCUGCCCUUUCUUGGACAAUGAAGCACAAGCAGCACUGA